AUCAUGUUCGCGCUCAUUUUCAAAUGCAAGAAGUAGACUAUCUCUAGCUCUAUGGCUGUGUUUUUGGCGACUCUAGCUACAGUAUUUAAAGGCUUUCUGGAGCCCAAGACCACCAUCAGACGAAUACCAUGGCUACGAAGGCCGCGAUAGAAGAUUCGAUGUAGCGUCACCCCGUCGAAGGAAACACUCCAGCUACUCCGAGCCCAGUAUCACAGCCAGCAGCAGCAGCACCAACGAUGGGUACUACAGCCUGGGUUAGUGCUUGUGUUCCUGACGUUUUCUCCAGACGGAUGCUACCAGUAUGGCAGUCGAGGGGAGGGAAGAUCAGAACGGUAGGGCUGAAAAAUUACAGCUGCUGCAUUCUUUGGAGCUUACUGAGCUGAGCUUUUGCUUGCUACUCAAGCAAAAAUAUCACUUGUGCGUCAUGCAUCGGUUUUCUAAUGAGCCUGACCUUGAUGAGGCUGUGAAGAAAAUCACUGAAAACCAUGGUUACAUCUCUGUGGUUACUUCUGACAAAAGGACUCUAGCAUCAUUAGAUAAUAUUAAACAAGUCUUUUUUUUAAUAGCUUAUGCUCUAUAUUGUAUCAUUGUUCUUUGUAUCUCAUGCUCUUUUACUGUG